CAUGCGCAAGUGAGAGGAAGUCUAUGGAAGGGGAGGGGGUGUGGGGUCAGCAAAUGGAGCAGACAGAGCCACUGGUAGAUGAAGCCAACAGGGCAGACACUCCACAGCUCAAGGAAGGGGCUGAAGCAGGAGAGAGGAAGAGGAGUGAGGUGGUAGCAGCGGCCAGGGCUGCUGGGCUGUGUGUGGAAGAGGGAGCCCCUGGCACUCAGCUCCUGAGAUUUGCCCACGGUCUCAACAGUGACGAGUUGAGACUCAUGGAGCUGCCUCAUGGCGUGCUGGGUGCCCUCAAGGAGGGCGAGAGGGUGGUGAUACGAGGGGAGCAGGGAGAGAACGCUGUACUCUGUACCGAGGGUGCGACCUAUGAACUCCGAACUGCAGACACUUCAAACGCUCUCCUUCUCGUCCCUUCUCUCUCUUACUCUCAGGACAACUCUCUUGGUGAGGAUCCUCUACCCACUAAAGGGGUGACAAUGUGUUUGUCGAACUACUUGGAACUGAGGCCGUGUCGACCGAGAACUGAGAAAUUGAGACAGCUGUUGUCAGAGUGUCCCUACAGAGGACCUGAAUACGAGGAGGAGGGGGAGGAGGAGGGGGAGGAGGGGCUGGUUAACGAGGGGGAGGAGUCAGGGGAAGACGAUAAGGAUGACUGGGAGGAGAGGAGGAGAACCAAAAGUCGAAAGGUGAAAAUUGACCGACCAAGAAAGUACAUGUUCUCAGAGCUGGUGGAGGUGGUGCAGGCUAGUGAGAGGGAGCUACGAGAAGCUCUUCAAAAACUUCAGGCCUGUCUCAUCUCUGGUGUGAAUGCAUCCUCGCUUGUCUCAGUUGUCUGAGCCCCUUGGGACAGUAGGCGUUCAGAUAAGUGUGAAGCAAUGCCAUAGCUAUAACCAAACUAGCAGUAUAAUUAUAUACUUUAGCUACAUAUCUAUGACAUUGCUUCCUCUGUGCAAGCAAGCUGUGGAGGAGGUUAGAGAAUUGCUGCUCUGUAAUGAUGUACUGUAGAAGUGGGUCUAGUAGGAAGGUAACUGGUGAGGUAAUUCUGAGAAAAUGUAAGUCAGUAAAUGAGUGGUUGUUGGUGGCGGGAUUUAGUGUGUGUAUUGCAUGUGUGCACCACCGGGUGAGUUUGCACCCUUUCUCAUCUCGAGAGCUGGACUCGAUUGCAAGCACCCGUUUUCCAACAAAAGCCGGUUCUGACCGGUAUUAUUUCUGUCUCGGGUUUUGAACUAGGUUAGCUGUGCACGUGAUAUAGACAAUAAUAAAGAUAUGUACAAAAAGUAACAGUCCCUGUUACGUGUGUGACGUCAGGUUACUGGAGGUUGCUGGAGGCAGACUACGUAGAGCAGGCAGUGCAGCAUAUCCUGGCUCUACUUGAGGAGAAGGACUGGCCCUGGACUCGGGUGCCUCUCUCUUCCACCUCCCACCAUCUUCAGGAACUUCUGCCUAGAUUUGUUAUAAAGCACUGCCUCGAUUGUUAUGGUACAAAGAUCAGCCGAGAAGACAAUUCUGAAGCGGACACUUAUUAUGAGCUGUCGGUGGAGAAGGUGUGCCAGUUUUAUGCAGUCCUACUGCUCAGACAAGCUGGAAAAUUCAACUACAGUGAGUUCAUGGAGUCGUGGCAGCAGUCUGUCCCUCUCGGAAUGGAGACUGAUCUCGGUCAGCUGAGAAGGCUGGCCCUGAGAGACAUGUCUGCCAUGCCUCCAGUCAUCUGGUACUUCCCACUAUCCACUCUUCCUCAGGAGCCUGCCGACAGGUUCAACUGCCUGUUUUCUGCCCGACAGAGAUGGACUCAAAAUGACAUUGAGCCCUACAUUGAUGACUUAGCUACACCAACCCAGUCUCUGAGUGCUUUGCUACUCAAGUAUGCUCGUGUUUCAACUGUCAAAGGCGUAAAGAUGUACAAUGCAAAAAGAACCUUCAAAUAGAGAAUGCACACAUGCUAUAUAUGAGCUCAA